AUGUCGUCGCGGAAGCGCUUCUCGCUGCCGGUGGUGCUCGCCUUCCUCCUCGCGCUAAUCUUCCUCGCCGGCACAGGCUUCACGGUUCAUCACAAGGAUCAUAGUAACCUGACAUCAGGCUCACGAACGGGCAAAGUUUCUGAAGAUCCCGGAGCAGUCUCGCGUAAACUGCUACGCAUAGUCCAUGGAGCGAAACAAGCCAAGAAGGAGCCGUCGGGCGGCAAGGCUUUGCCGAGGGGCAUCGUGCACGGCACGUCCAACCUCGAGAUGGUGUCCAUGGUCGGCGACCCUGAGAAUCAGCACGGUGGCUCCUCGUCUUCGAAGAGCCUCUUAGCGAUCCCGGUAGGCAUCAAGAACAAGGCCGCCGUCGACAAGCUCGUCUCCAAGUUCCCGGCGGACAGAUUCACCUUGAUGGUCUUCCACUACGACGGCGCCGGGGAGGAUCAGUGGGAUGACCUCGAGUGGUCGCGCCGCGCGGUGCACGUGUCGGCGCGCGGCCAGACCAAGUGGUGGUUCGCCAAGCGGUUCCUGCACCCCGACAUUGUCGCCGAGUACGACUACGUCUUCCUGUGGGACGAGGACGUCGAGGUGGACGCCUUCGACCCUGUCCGGUACCUCGACAUCGUCAAGAGAGAAGGGCUUGAGGUAUCUCAGCCGGCGCUCGACCGCCAGUCCGAGAUCCACCACGGCAUCACGGCGCGUGCAACAACCAACGGAGGAGGCGACGUGCACCGGAGGUUCUACAAGGCGGCUUCGGCCUUGGGAGGAGGAGGGUGCGACGACAGCAGCACGGGGCCGCCGUGCACGGGGUGGGUGGAGAUGAUGGUGCCGGUCUUCUCCCGCGCGGCGUGGCGCUGCAGCUGGGGCAUGGUCCAGAACGACCUCGUGCACGCCUGGGGCCUCGACUACAAGCUUGGCUACUGCGCGCAGGGUGACCGGACGCUCAAGGUCGGCGUCGUUGACAGCGAGUACGUCCUACACAGGGGAGUCCCCAUGCUCGGCGGCACCGAAGGGAAGGGUGCGGCUUUCCGGGCUGCCGUGAGGAGGAGAUCGCAUGCUGAGAUGCAGAUUUUCGAUAGGAGAUGGAAGGAAGCUGCAGCCAACGACGCGUCCUGGACAGACCCUUACCAGUAG